AUGCCCGGUCCGAAAAGCCAGUGCUGCGAUCCAUGCCGUGUACUUCACCAUAAAUGCGACGGAGUCUCGCCACAAUGCGGCCGAUGCGUCCGCACAGGUCGAGAAUGCACUCGAGGUAAAAAGGAAACCAAGUUCCGACAGGCAAAGGGUCGGACGACGCGCACGAAGUUCCCUAGCAACCAAGUUUGGCUUCGGCCACCACCUAGAGUUGACUUCAUAUUGGAAAGUGGAAGCGGUCAGCCAGAUACCCCGAUACAGAGGACAACCGAUGUUGAGUCGCCUGCUGGGAGUUUGCAUAGUCAAGCCGAGUCUAUUCCUAUAUCGGAAAGGUUGUCUCCCGGGUCCUCAUAUACCGCCGGUUUGCCGCAAUAUGGUUUCUCGAACCACCAAGUGUAUGCGAGGAGUAGUGUUGUUUCGCCAAUACCCCCGGUGGUGAGCACACCUGAACGAUCAUAUCAGCGGCCAUGGCCCUUGAGAGAUCCUCAGGAGGCGCAUUUGUUGCAGCAUUUUGUGGAUAAAGUUGCACCCUUUUUUGAUUGCACGGAUCGCCAACAGCAUUUUGCUAUCCAUAUCCCUUACCGAGCACGCCGCUGCGACACAUUAUUCAAUGCAAUAUUGGCCAUGUCAGCCCGUCAUUUGAAUCGCACAACAAAUUUUGACCCUUUCGUGUCAGACCAUUACUACCAGGCAUGCCUGGAGAAGUUGAUUCCCGCGCUGGAUGAUCAUGGCGUUACGAUGGAUGAUGAUUUGCUGGCUGCUACUGUUAUUCUACGUUUGCUGGAAGAGUUCGAUGUCCCACUCGCCGGGUCCGAUAUUCGAGGCCACUCCUUCGGGACAAAGGCUUUCAUACGGGGUCCAUCAAUGAUGACCACGACCCCAAGUCUACGGCACGCUGUUUACUGGAGUGGCCUCCGCCAGGAGAUUUACAAUGCCCUUAGCCUUCACCAAGCCCCAGACAUUGACCUGAGAUCGUUGAACUUGAAUUCCCAUUCUAGCGAGCUGGGCCCUGAUGCAGGUGAUUGCGCAUGGGCGAAUCAAGCAAUCACUCAUUGUGCGGACGUUUUGAUAUUUUGUUUCGGAGAGGGACCUCACUCGGUGACCGUGCAUGCAGAGCUUAAGGCGCACAAUCAGCAAUGGAGUGAGACUCGGCCGGACUCUUUCGACCCUUAUUUUGUGGGCGAAGAAGUGGAAGUGGGAGUUAAAUUGCCCGAUAUUCGUUACGGGUGUCCCUGGCAUGCAAUCGGCAAUCAAUACAUCGAUCUUGCUCAGAUUCUGCUGGUUGUGCAUGACCCAACUCUGCCUGCGGUUGGACCUCUGCGCGGGCGUCUGAUUCAGGAGGCUGAUGAUCUUAUCCGUAGGGGGGUUUGGACAGUAUGUGGGGCUUCAUUAUCCAAUUCCUCCGUGCCCCCAGCUAUGGUUGUCGGGUGUAUGGCCAUCCAUCUAUGGGGCGAUCGCUUUGUGGACCCACAUGAACAAGAGCUUUUGGUCCAGGUGCUUAUCCAAACGGAUGCACUUCACGGCUGGCCAACUCAUGCGCUCCAGCGACAGCUUCGGGAGACAUGGGACAUGCGUUGA